AUGGAUGUAGAUGAGUCCGGUGCUGACGUAGCAGCUAAGGAGGAUGUGCCACCGCCUCCUGCACCUGUGGCCGGCCCAAGCGCCAGAAGAGCACGUGUUCAGCUACCAGAGCACCAUGAUGACGAUGGACCAACCUACUAUCGUUUGGGGGUGGACUACCCUGUGGACCCAGAGGAUGACGAAGUCCUCCACCAAUGCGCACGAAUAAAGAAGCUGGAAAGUCUGGACAUAGUUGGCGCGAAGCUUCGGAAGCUGUGCCUGGUGGCAAACUGUGUAGAGAAGAUUGAGAACCUCGAUUCCAAUGUGAAUUUGGAACAUUUGGAGCUGUAUCAAAAUCUCGUGAAGAAGAUUGAGAACAUUGCCCACCUCCGCAAUCUGACAGUGCUGGACUUGUCCUUCAAUAAGAUUCGGCUGAUGGAUUCCCUCGCCACGUGCAACUUUCUUCAGCUCGAGCGACUGUACUUGUCAAGCAACAAGAUCACAGAUGUAGAGGGCAUUUUCCACUUGACAAAUCUCAAGAUGCUUGAGCUCGGAUCAAACAGAAUUCGAAGUGUUCCUCCAGAGAUCGCUUCUUUGGUUCACUUGGAGGAGCUGUGGCUGGGCAAGAACAAGAUUACAUCAAUGACAUUGCCACCAUUGCCACGAUUGAGGCACAUGAGUUUGCAGAACAAUCGGCUAGAAGUUUGGGAGCCUGCUUUCUUUCAGAACUUGUCCGGGCUGACGCACCUCUACUUGGGGCACAAUAAUCUGCCAGACCUUCCUGAAGAGUUUGCCCUUCUAACAAAUUUGGUUGAGGUUGACCUGGUGCGCAACGCAAUUACCUUGAUAAAGCCACUUCCUGAGCUAAAAAAGCUUGAGGAACUUUGGAUGAAUGACAACAAGAUAGAGGACUUACAGCAAAUCAGUCACCUGGAAGCAUUUUGUGCCUUGAAGACGAUCUACCUGGAGCGCAAUCCCAUGCAGGACCUUGGCAACAAGGAGGCCGAACAGAGGUACAGAGAGGCCAUCCUGAAGGCGGUUCCCCACAUCCAACAGAUCGAUGCAGAGCGUGUUGAUUUCGAAGUCAAGGUCAUCUCAGAUGGUACAGAGAGACAUGUCAUGGGCAUUCGGCGUAGCUGA